AUGCAAUCAAUUCUUCACAAAGUCGUCGGACCCAAAGAGGUCCACCCGGAGAACCUCGACGGGCGAGUCGCAGUGGUUACUGGUGGCGCUCUUGGAAUCGGCUACGAAGUUAGUCGCGCGCUUGCCCUCGCUGGCGUAAAAGUAAUUAUGGUAAAUCGCAAAGAAGAACAAGGCUCCGAAGCAAUCUCUAGCAUCAAGAAAGAGAAGGCAGAUGCCGACGUUGAAUGGAAGCAUUGUGACAUGGGUAGCCUCAAGGAAGUCAAAGAAGUCUUCUCUGGGUUGCGCAAUUCACUUGAGCGUCUCGAUUUCCUCGUCCUUUCUGCUGGAAUCAACACGAACCAAUAUGGUGAAGACGCUGAUGGUAUUGAUCGCCACUUUGGCGUGAACUACCUAGGCCACUUUUAUGUUUGCAACCAACUAUGGCCAGUGCUUCGGAAGACGGGAAAGAUGGGGACCAAGCCGGCACCACGAGUCGUUUUCGAGUCAAGUGAGAUGCAUCGCACAGCGCCAUCAGAUGUGCACUUCGCAAGCAUGGACGAGAUUAACGAUAGUUCCAUGGAUCCGACACGGCUGUACGGACGCACUAAGCUAGCCAUGAUCCUGUUUUCAAAGUUUGGUCUGCGAGACCGCGUUAUCAAGCCCAACGGCGACAACGUAUACGCUCUCGCCGUGCAUCCAGGUGCAGUCAAUACAGCUAUGCAGCAGCAGUGGAAGGACGCAUAUCCGGGAAUUACCGGCAAGCUACUGUCGAAUGCAAUGCUUUUUGCUGGUCGGGACGUUGAGCAGGGUUCAUACAGUGCGCUUUGGGCAUGCACAUCGGACGAGAUUGAGGAGAAGGACAUGAAUGGAUUCUAUUUCAGCGACCCCGGCCAACCAGGCAAAGAGACCUCUCAAGCCAGUGACGAGAAUCUCGGUGCUGCACUGUGGGAUCUGAGUGAGCGGAUCAUCAAAGAUAAACUGGGUCAAGAAGCGCUUGUAGACUGGGCUAAGAAGGAGUAG